CUAUGUUAUCUUUUUUAUUUUCUGUUGAUUCAGCAUGGGGACAAUUUUUUGCAAGAUGCUGCUAGUAACAAAUUGCAUAAAGACACAGUACAUAUGUACCACUGGAAUUCAGUCUCUCUUGUUAUAUUAAUUUGCUAAAUCAGAUAAUUAUUACAAGGUGUAUGUGAAAUCUGUUUAACUUUUUCUUUUGUGGGUUCUUCUCUAAAUACACAGGAGAAAUUAAUAUGCAAACAAGAAACCCACUUAUAUUUAUAGAAAGAAAUCCCCUGUAUUUUAAAAAGAAAUACCUGUGUCUGUUACAGUAAUAUUAAAAUAACAUUUGUGAAUGUGUCACAGUUUACACGAGUGCUGUACAUGUAAACUCCCCAUAAAACCCAGAGAAACAUAGCAGAUGUUAUGAAUAACCUUAAAUGUCAUAAAGAACAAACGAAUUUUACACUUUUUCAACUGAAGCAGGCUAUAAAACAUCGAUUUAUAACACGACCCCUCCACUGUUGACAUAUAAACACGGGAAAGCAAUGACAACUCUAACCCAGAACAUAGGUUUGAUUUAACAAGUGUACCGGUAAUAGCAACUGUCUUUCCGUGGAAUCAAUGAUUUAUGCCGGUGAUAGUGGCCGUGCAUGCUUCUUCGUUGCUAUGCAGAGAGCAAUCACCUCUUUAUCUCGUAGGGCGCAUAUCUCAAGAGAUCCAUUAUGAAAUACUUUGCUAAAUCCACGGCAAUAAAAACCCUGCAGUUUGGACAUAAAAGAGCAAUUCUUUCCUUUAACAUUUACUAAAAUGCAGUCAAUCAGCGAUCUUUGCAGCGACUUAGAUUCCCACACAUAUCCCAAAUUGGCAGAUUUACAUCCGCUGUUAAAAGCACACAAUGAUCACCAGCGAUAACGCAUAGAUAAUGCAUUUACUCAGGAAACACCUGAGGAAGGCUGCGCGAUAUAAGACCCGAUCGGGACGUGUCCUGAGAAACAUCAACAUGAGAUCCCUACCGUUGGUCAUCGUGCUGCUGUGCAUGUUGUGUGCGGCGCAGGUUCAGACACAGGAGAGCGCCAACACACUGAAGCUGUGCGGUCGAGCUUUUCUAAGGGCAGUGGUGUUCAACUGCGGAGGAUCCAGGUGGAGAAGAUUUAUGGGAGAAGAGGAUACUUUCCCAGAAGUCAACAGAGAGGCAAACCUCCUAAAGUGGACAGAUGUGUCAGUGAUGGAACGUCAAUUGCGGGACCAAAACGCGGCCUUGAUGAGAAUGUGCUGCCAACAGGGUUGUCAAAAAAGCGACCUGUCCAUGCUCUGCUAGAGCAGAGGACCAUCUCAAGGAGGUUCU